UGGGAGGUGUUAGGCUUUUUUGGUGGGUGCACACUAGUGUAUGCACAUAUCUGAAAGGUCAAGAAAGACUGAAUGUUUUCUUCAAAUUGGAGAAGAUGUUAAGCUAUGAUUGGCUGUGUCUGUUACUUAACAGAUAUCAGGAAACAGGCUAGCAAAUUUAAGUCUAGUUCUCACUAGAUACCACAACAGAAACUGUCAUUAACUGUUCAUCUUGUUGGUUGCUCUAAAAGAAAUGUGAACGACUGACUGGAUGACAAAAAUUGAACUGAUUGCAGAAGUUCUCUAUUUAGAUCAGAGCUGAGGCAUGGGAAGGCUACUCUACCAUUGCUGACAAUGUCCCUAUUCAGUGGAAAAAAGACUCUAGUUGCACACAGUUCUUAUUGGCACAAGACUUUGAAGUGUCCUGGCAAUAUUCUCUUUCCAAAGGAUACGUAUGUUUCCAAGGAUAUUGCUUGACAGCAGUCUGAGACAAUUUUGUUUCUUAGAGAUUUUAUUGUUUACUGGGUAGUAAAUGUAACAUCCAAGUGGUAGGGAAUUCAGAAUGCUGGGAAAAAAACUGACACUUAAAGUAGCAGUUUGGCCAUUUAGCCCAGAAGGUCUUUCUGUUCUUUGUCUGUAGAGAAAAUGAGCCUGGAUCAUUACCCAUAGGUUUUAAAAAUGAAAGUAGAGGACAUGUUCCUAUGUACAGGAUGAAGAUCUGGGAUUAGACAUAGUUCUGUCAGUUUGCAAUAGUGGUAAGCAUUUACUAUUUUAUACACAAUAAGCAGGCUUGAUGAAGCAUAAGCAACGUGUUUUCUGAGGCCUUGAUUUUAACUGUAAAAUAACAUGUACAACAAUCUGAGAUGCUUUUCUAUUUUGUUUAUACCCUCUCCCAUGAUGUGUCACCUAAGAACUACUAUUUCUUAUUGUGGAGAAAACCCUGCUCCUUUUACCUAGAAGGAAACAUGCAAACAUUCUUUUCUAGAAAAUCAUUUGUAAAAUAAUCAUAGUGCCAAAAUGAAAGGUAAGAGUUGCUGCCAUACAUGUAUGGUGUCCCAUAAUUGUAUUUGACUAUGCUAAAAAUGCUUACCAUUAGACCUAGACACCAGUAUGAACUGCAUGAGCUGAGUGGGUGAAGUGAAGGUCAAGUGGGACUUGGACAUGUGUGGGUACACUCAGCUUCCAUGUAAUAAUGAGUUGAAGUUGCUCAGUCUAUACUGUUAAUAGCUUUUGACAGCAUGUGCUGAAAUCAAAGUGGUGGCACUUCCUGGAACAUGUUCACUGCAGGAGUUUGUCUUCCUGCAGCCACAGUCACCUUCGGUAGAGUGUAAUUUCAAAACUAAUCUCUCUGCUUAUCAGUUUGGCCAAAAAUUGCAUCAGGCUGUACUGACAAAACCAACUUGUUCUUCCUUGAGUCCAUGCCUUUCAGUUGAUUUGGGAAAUGGAACUUAUUCAUCUAGAGAAGUUUGCCUUACAUACUCCUAAGCAACUUCCUUCAAAACAGUUCAUCUGGACUCUUCCGUUUCCCUUGGGCUUAGAUCAUACUUAACUCUGACAGCUGAGAAUCAUGUCUUUUUCAGCUUUUCAUCUCCUCUUUGCUUCUCCCUCACAGAACUCACCAGCUGCAUUCCAGAGUGCCUAAAGUUUGUGCAUUGUCAGAGCUUUGAAAAGUAAAGUCUAUCCUGACCAUCCAAUGCUCAUGCUCUCUGGUAGAUCUCAGCCAUCUGCUGGAAGAUGACAGUGACUGACUAUCCAAGGUUUCCAUGAAGAAAAGCACUUGAAAUGCGGAUAACCUAUUUGUAGCUUGGUGGUAGUUGUGAUCUGGACCUGCUGGUGUCUCCUCCCAGUACUUGGUGUAACAUUAGCUGCUGAAAGCCAUGAAGGUUGUACCGGAGAAGAAUGCUGUCCGCAUCUUGUGGGGUAGGGAGCGGGGUACCCAAGCUUUGGGUGCUCAGCGGCUCCUGCAGGAGUUGGUGGAGGACAAAACUCGAUGGAUGAAAUGGGAGGGCAAGAAAGUUGAGUUACCAGACAGUCCACGCUCCACCUUCUUGCUGGCGUUUAGUCCAGACAGGACCCUGAUGGCUUCCACACAUGUGAAUCACAACAUCUACAUCACAGAGGUGAAAACGGGCAGAUGUGUUCAUUCAUUGGUUGGACAUCGCCGCACUCCCUGGUGUGUGACCUUCCAUCCCACCAUCCCAGGCCUCAUUGCUUCAGGAUGCCUAGAUGGGGAGGUUAGAAUCUGGGAUUUACAUGGUGGAAGUGAGAGCUGGUUCACAGAUAGCAACAAUGCCAUUGCAUCGCUUGCUUUUCAUCCUACGGCUCAGCUCUUGCUGAUUGCAACCGCCAACGAGAUACAUUUCUGGGACUGGAGUCGUCGGGAACCUUUUGCAGUGGUGAAAACAGCCAGUGAAAUGGAGCGGGUCCGACUGGUACGGUUUGAUCCCUUGGGACACUACUUGCUCACAGCAAUUGUUAACCCUUCCAACCAACAGAGUGAUGAGGAAGUGGAAAUCUCUGUGGACAACACGGAGAUGCCGCAUUAUCGCCAGCGUGCUAUCCUACCGUCUCAGCCUGUGAGGCGCACGCCUCUCCUCCACAACUUCCUGCAUAUGUUGUCCUCCCGCUCCUCUGGCAUACAGGUGGGAGAGCAAAACAGCGUGCAAGACUCUGCUACCCCAUCCCCUCCACCGCCUCCACCACCACCUCCGCCUCCAGCCAGUGAGAACAUGAGGGCAUCUGCCUAUAACAGGCUCCGGGAGCGUGUCAGCUACCCCACAGCAGAGUGCUGCCAGCACCUGGGGAUGUUGUGCCUUUGCAGCCGAUGCUCUAGUGCAAGACUUCCUUCUUCUCUCUUCCCACACCAGGAAAAUGCACCCUCCACGUCUUCUGGGGCCACUGGCACCUCCUUCUCCUCUGUGCAGACAGAGCCUUAUCAACCCCCAGAGCAGGCAUCUGUAGCACAGGAGGAGCAGGGGAUACUUAACAGGCCCUCUGCUUUCAGCACAGUUCAGAGCAGCACUGCUGGCAACACCCUGCGCAACCUUAGCCUGGGCCCCACACGACGGUCCCUCAGCGGGCCUUUGGCAGGCCACCAGUCCCGGUACCAGCAGUCUGCAAGAGAGAUGGCUUCUGGCUUAGGUGGGUCUGACUGGUCUAGGACAGUGCUGAACAUGAGUUCUCGGUCAGAGCUGGAAGCCAUGCCUCCCCCUAGGACCAGUGCCUCGUCUGUGAGCUUGCUGUCGGUGCUGAGGCAGCAGGAGGGAGGUUCCCAGGCAUCAGUCUAUACCUCUGCUACAGAAGGGAGGGGCUUCCUAGCCACAGGGGCUGAGGCGGAUGGUGGUGGUAGCGCUGGCCCAAGCAAUCCGGCCAGCAUCCGUAAUGAGCUCCAGUGUGAUUUGAGGCGAUUCUUCCUGGAAUAUGACCGGCUUCAGGAGUUAGAUCAGGGGAUUGGUGGGGAGCCCAGCCAGUCGCAACAGGCUCAAGAAAUGCUCAACAACAACAUUGAGCCUGAUCGGCCCGGUCCCUCCCAUCAGCAGACUCCACACAGCAGUGAAAACAAUUCUAAUUUGUCCCGGGGUCACCUGAACCGCUGUCGCGCUUGUCAUAACCUGCUGACCUUUAACAAUGACACGCUGCGCUGGGAAAGAAGCACGCCUAGCUACACACCAGGGCAAGUCCAAAGCACGUUUGAGGGUGUGCCUCCAAAUGCCAGCCAGGUGCAGCCUGCAGAGAGAACCGAGGGCAGAGCUCCUGCCUCUAGCAGGCUGCAGCUGGGCAGCUCUUCCACCCCGCAGGAGGAGAGGACCGUGGGAGUGGUCUUUAACCAGGAGACGGGGCACUGGGAAAGAGUUUACAGCCAGUCGGCUUCAAGCAGACCUGGGAAUGUAUCACAGGAGGCCUUAAACCAGGAAAUGCCUGAGGAAAGCUCAGAGGAGGAUUCACUCAGGAGGAGGUUGCUGGAGUCUUCUCUCAUUUCAUUAUCUCGCUAUGAUGGAGCAGGGUCCCGGGAGCAUCCAAUCUACCCAGAUCCAGCCAGGUUGUCUCCUGCUGCAUAUUAUGCUCAGAGGAUGAUCCAGUAUCUUUCCCGGAGGGACAGUAUUCGUCAGCGCUCUAUGCGAUACCAACAAAACCGUCUCCGCUCUUCCUCCUCUUCUUCCACUUCAGAGAACUCAAGUCCUUCUGUAGAGGGAAAUGAUCUGGAAUUUGAAGAUUUUGAGGACAAUGGAGACCGAUCCAGGCACCGAGCUCCCCGAAAUGCCCGUAUGUCUGCACCAUCGCUGGGGCGCUUUGUCCCCAGGCGCUUCUUGCUGCCCGAAUACUUGCCUUAUGCUGGGAUUUUCCAUGAACGUGGACAGCCUGGCUUGGCCACCCAUUCCUCUGUCAACAGGGUUUUGGCAGGGGCUGUGAUUGGGGAUGGACAGUCAGCAGUGGCCAGCAACAUUGCCAACACAACCUACCGGCUCCAGUGGUGGGACUUCACUAAAUUUGAUCUGCCUGAAAUCAGCAACGCCUCUGUGAACGUGCUUGUUCAAAACUGCAAGAUUUACAAUGAUGCUAGCUGCGAUAUCUCUGCAGAUGGGCAGCUACUGGCAGCCUUCAUUCCCAGCAGUCAGAGGGGCUUCCCUGAUGAAGGAAUACUAGCUGUGUAUUCUCUGGCACCCCACAACUUGGGCGAGAUGCUUUACACAAAACGAUUUGGCCCUAACGCUAUUUCUGUGAGCCUGUCUCCAAUGGGCAGAUAUGUAAUGGUGGGACUGGCUUCCCGACGUAUCCUGUUGCACCCCUCCACAGAACACAUGGUCGCUCAAGUCUUCAGGCUGCAACAGCCCCAUGGUGGAGAAACCUCUAUGAGGAGAGUUUUCAAUGUUCUGUACCCAAUGCCUGCUGACCAGAGAAGACACGUCAGCAUAAACUCUGCUCGCUGGCUGCCAGAACCAGGUCUGGGAUUGGCGUAUGGUACCAACAAGGGGGACCUGGUGAUUUGCCGACCUGAGGCCUUAAACUCUGGAGUUGAGUACCACUGGGACCAGCAGAAUGAGAAUGUCUUCACUGUGCAUUCCAGCAACAGGAGCACUGAGCGGCCUGGAACCAGCAGAGCCACAUGGAGGACAGACAGGGACAUGGGCCUGAUGAAUGCCAUAGGCCUGCAACCCCGAAACCCCCCCGCCUCUGUGACUUCGCAGGGUACCCAGACCUUGGCACCUCAGCUGCAGAACGCCGAGACUCAGACUGAAAGGGAGGUACAGGAGCAGGAAUCCGCCUCUGCAGGGACUGGGGAAGGUGAAGGUCCAGAAUAUGGAGCUAGUGGGGAGGACGCUCUGAGUAGGAUCCAAAGGCUCAUGGCAGAAGGUGGCAUGACUGCUGUGGUCCAGCGGGAGCAGAGCACCACCAUGGCGUCUAUGGGCGGCUUUGGCAACAACAUCAUUGUGAGCCACCGGAUCCACCGGAGCUCUCAGACUGGUGCAGAGUCCACUGGGGCUGAGGGCACCUCAGCACAGCAGUGCACCUCUCAGCAGCUGGCAGCUGAGCUGGAGGGACAGAUCCUUUCGGAGUCUAUGCAGCUGUCAGAGCAUAGCCUGAGCCCGCGGACAGCCCCUGGCGGGAGUGAAGGACAAGGAGCUGGUGAUCUGGACCUGUCAGAGCAGGCCCAGUCCUCCAUGGACACUGAGGGACCAAUUGAAUACAGUGACCUAACUAAUAAUAACCAUCUUCCUGACAGUACCAACUUCUAUAGUAAUGACAGCACCAGUGGGGAGUCGCGGAACAGGUAGAGAUGAGUUGUGUGUUGGUGCUACCCUUGUACUGCUCAGCAGAGACCUGUACCUCACAACUGGCCAGGAGCUGGAAGAGUAGGGACUUGUGGCUUUGGCAGGAUGUUGGCAGUUCAGAGGGCAUCUGUACCCUGAGUGGGAAGGGAUAAGAACUGCAAGAGAAGCCAUGGGGAAGGAGGCAUAUUAUCUUAAAUUCCAACAUUCCUGCUGCUGAACAGUUAAGAGGAACAUAGACCAUCCUGGUUGCACCUUGUGCAGAUCCCCUGAGCUCAGCCCUAACCCUGCAAUUUGGUAAACAUCCUUUGGUAAAGCUUCUUUCCUUUCCUCUUUCCUGCCCUUUUAUGCCUAGGGAUUGAUUAGUAGAGUGAAGAAAGGGAAAAAGGGCUUGCAACAUCCUUCCGGAGACAGGCAGUCCUACUGGACAGACCUGCAUGUGAUGCUCCAGCUCUUUGCUGGAGUGGAGGAGUCUUCCAGGCCACAGUCCCACUCAGUGGCACAGCCCUGCUCCCCUUCAGAGCACAGUGUCUUUUGGGACCCUUCCUGCCUGAGUUGUGGUCUUCUCUAGGAAGAGCUGGACUUUGGCAAAACCUGCAUGGCUCACAAACCGCUCAUGAGUGGAGUUCUUUCCCUUUUAGAGUGUUGGUUUAGUACUUGGCAGGAACCUAAGCAGAGCUGCUGUUACAGAUGGGUAGAGGGAAAGGGGCUACUGCUUUCUAGUCAGGAUGCAGUUCAUGCAAGGAUAUUCUAAGCUGUGCCAAGCUUAAUGUGAAUGAGCCAUCCCAGCAGUCUCAUGGCACCAGGUCUGAGCUGCACCUCGGCAGGGGGCAGGGAAUACUUUCAGCUCCAGGCCAGGGUGUGAGGUAUGGGUCUGUGAUGUAAGGUGUUGCAUGUGAAAUCUUGACCUUGUACAUGUAGUUUCUAGUGGAGAAAAUCAAGGCUCUGAUAUUUUGUUUUUAGUCUCAAAUGUGAUUUUCCUUUUCGUUUGUAACUCUCCAUCCCUAGCAGGCUUGUGGAGGAAGGACGGGGAGAGUGUGAGUGCUAACGAGGGAAACACCAAAGAUCAAUGUCAUUAAAAUAUGACAAACCCUU